GUUCAGGGUUUUGGCGAUCUCAAAAGAGAGAAAAUAACGAAAAUAAAAUAAUAUUUAAACUCAGUAAUUCUUCUGUUUUUUCUGAGAAUUUGCAGAAAUCAAGGCGAACGCGUGCAUGAAGAAAAUUCCGUGUUUGGAUCGCGAUCGGGGGAUGGAUUCGGUGAAUUUCGCGGGGUUUUGUUCAUCGGAGUUCGCCGGAGGGUGAUUUUGCCGCGGCGAGAUUGAAGUUCGAAGGAUUUGAAUUCUAGAGUGUUCGAUCAGAGGAAAGUUUAAAGACAUGAGCUGAUUCAGGAAAUUUUUAAAGAUUCUUUUCGACAAAACACAUCUGCCUUCUAAUUAAGAACUUUGCCAAUGAAGGACUUCCUAACUAUUGUUGAGAAUCUUGUUGGCAUGUGUUAUUGAGAUAUGGUGUUGAAGAAGAGGUUGCUUUACGGAAAUACUGGGUACCGUGUUCCUCCAAUACCCAAUGUUCCAAAGUCAGCUAAGUUGGUUUGUAGGGUAAACGUUCUGUUAGGAAGAAAACAGCGAAAAAUGGGAUGUGUGCAUUUGACUUGCUUGCAGAGGUAGCAGAAGAGAUUUUGCUAGAAGGAGAAACCUCACCAAAUAAAAUUAUUGGAACACCGAAUGCUAACAGUGGAAAAGAUACUAUAAAAGAAGAACAGCUCAAUGAUGAGAAGCCAGUCAAAGAUAGAGCUUGUGACCUGGGAAGCUGUAACGAGAAUCUACUGGGUCCUGACCAUGUCGCCCAAGGGCAGGUUUCACCCAAGAAAUGCUCGCAGGUUGUGUUGGAGCCUUCAGGAGCUGCUCAUGCUCUUUUGAAAUCUGAUACAUUCAAUAAGGAGGGUUGCUCAGACAAACAAUCUACUUAUACUGAUAAAUUGUUUGGCAGUAACGUUAAAGACGAAACUAUAGUUGAUCGAAAUGCUUCAAACACAUGCAGUUUGGUGGAUAAUACAGAUGUGGAUACUAGACUGCAUGCUUUGACCAGCUCAGACAGCAGAGUCAAGGUGCCUCAUUGCGGCGAUCACAUUCUUCGUGAUAGUUUCUCUCCCCAAUAUCGGGAUGAGAAGCUUCUUGUAGAUAGAGAUGAUGACGAAAACCUAUCUGGGCGCACAAAUUCCAGUAUAGUAAACAAUAAGACCUUGAAGAAUCAAGGAAUAGAAUAUAGUAGGAUAAGAAAGCAGUUAGCAACGAAGUUCUGGAAAAUAGCUACAACCAUAAGAAAGGAUAGGGACCUUUCUAAUGCUGAUGUUGAAAUGAAGUCAUCUUUCCGCAAGAGGAAGAUUUGUUACACACGACAAAGAACUCAAAGGAGUUCAUUUAAGAGGAGAAAGGUUUUCCAGCGCUGCUCAAUUUCAACUUAUCGUGCAGGAAUUAUUAGUGAAGAGAGCAAGAUAUCAUCUUCCAUUAAUGGUCAUUUAACAUCAUAUGGAUCAGAAGACUUCCAUGUAAAACUCAGAAUCAAGUCGUUUACAGUGCCAGAGCUCUUCAUUGAGAUACCUGAAACCUCAACUGUUGGAUCAUUGAAGAGGACUGUCAUGGAGGCUGUAACUGCCAUAUUUGGUGGUGGACUGCAUGUAGGUGUCCUCCGCCAAGGUAAGAAGGUUAGAGAUGACAAUAAAACAUUAGUCCAAGCUGGAAUUUCUCAUGGAGAUAAAUCAAGUGAUCUGAACUUUAUUUUGGAGCCAAGUUCUAGCCAAGCCCUACCGCUGCUCAGUUGUCCUGAAGAACCCCAUCUUCUUCUUCCUAAUGGCACUUCUGAGUCACUAUCUAGGUUUCAGGAUCUGGGUGGUCCUACAUCAGGUGGUGGAAAGUCCGAUGUUGGCCCAGAAUCUCAACUAACCCCCACUGGGAACAGUCUGGAGAGCAAUCAUAAUUCAUCCCCUUGCCCUGCAGAUAACUUAUCGCUAGAUAAAACAGCUGAAGAUGCCCGUCCUCUUACUGCCAUUCCAUCCAUGAAUUUUGAGGCACUGCCUAUGGUUCCAGUCCAUAAGACCAGAGAAUCUGAACUUGUGCACCGUCGCAUCAGGAGACCCUUCUCUGUCUCUGAAGUGGAAGCUCUUGUCCAGGCAGUUGAAAAGCUCGGUACUGGAAGGUGGAGAGAUGUCAAAAUCCGAGCUUUUGACAAUGCAAAACAUCGAACUUAUGUAGAUUUGAAGGACAAAUGGAAGACACUCGUGCAUACAGCACAAAUAUCACCUCAGCAGAGGAGGGGUCAGCCAGUUCCUCAGGAGCUCUUGGACCGGGUCCUCUCAGCCCAUUCCAAUUGGUCGCAGCAGCAGGCAAAGCUCCAGAGCAAGCCGCCUGCUUGCUGAUCUAAUUUCACUCUUUUCUUCCAGGAGUUGGAAACCUGUGUAAAAAUCAGCCACACUAAGGGAUGAUAAUAAAUGGAAACCCCAAUGUCUAUAUUUGUAAUAUUCUCGCACUUGACCGGUCAUAUUUAAAAGCCAGGGAGGGCUCCUCAUGGGUUACCGAAAAUAAAGGAUGCUUCUCUGGCGCUUGUACAUGGUGUUAUUAUCCGGCGAACCGGAAAUGGAAACAAAUAUUCGCUUUCUAGCAGGCUCAUUGAAUAAACCUUGUAUGAUUUGAUCCCAUGCAUUCUUUUAGUGAGGCGUGUUGUGCUAUAUAGUUAGCUGGAUAGCUCGACAGGAUCAAUAAACUUCCAAGCAUUGCUUCUGGUUUCAUGAUUUUCAAUUAACAGGUUUUUUCUCUUA